GACAGCCGGCUGGCUCCCCGUUCCUCGCCAAGACAAAUGUUUCCCCGUUGUUGUGUGCGUGCGCGACUCGCGAUAAAGCCGCACACCGACGAGGCUCGCGCUUCGAUAAGCCGAGUCUCCAGAAUUUCCCAAGCCCCGGGAGCGGAGCCUCUCAGUUGUCUCGCAUCCCGCGCCUGCGUGCUGCGAGUGUGUGCGUGCGUCUUCCGGAAAAUCAAGCCGCAGCCAGUUCCCUUCUGCGCCCCGUAUGCGGCCUGCUGCUGCCCACGUCGAAGGGGCCUGAUCCGCUGCGAGGCGCGCUGCCUUGGAUUUGUCUAUUUCUCUGUUAGCCUGCGCGGAGCCCAAAAUGACUUCCGUCCUGGCGACCUUCUCCGAGCUCAAGAAACACGUGAACCUAAAGGUCUCGCGCGAGAUACCGGCCAUCGACAACAUCAUAUUCAAGCUGCACUACAGAGCGACCUUCCUCAUUCUGCUGGUCUCCACGCUGCUCGUCUCCUCCAGGCAGUUCAUCGGCGAGCACAUAAGAUGCAUCGCGGACGCCGGCGUGCCGGGCCCCGUCAUCGACUCGUUCUGCUUCUUCACGUCGACCUUCACGGUGGUGAAGCACAUGAACGUGACGGCCCUGGAGGAGGGUGAGAUACCGCACCCCGGAGUCGGGCCGGCCGCGAAACGGGACGAGAUCACCCACCACGCCUACUACCAGUGGGUGCCCUUUGUGCUCUUCUUCCAGGCGCUGCUCUUCUACCUGCCCCACUACCUGUGGCGCUCCGCCGAAGGCGGCCGUCUGAAGAUGCUGGUUUCCGGUCUGCACCUGGCCUCGAUCUCCCUGCGCGAGGACGCCUUCACCACGGAGAACGGCAUCAACGUGCCCUCGAAGAAGGACAAGGAGGACAAGAUCAACCAGAUCCGCACGGCCUUCAUGAACCGGCUCCACCUCAACAGACCCUGGGCCUACUACCUCGGCAUCUGCGAGCUCAUGAACUUCCUCAACGUCCUCAUGCAGAUGUACAUAACGAACAAGUUCUUGGGCGGCGCCUUCCUCAGCCUCGGCCAGGACGUCGCCGAGACGGACUUCACCAGGCAGAUGGACGCGCUCGACGAGGUCUUCCCGAAAGUGACCAAGUGCACGUUCCACAAGUACGGCCCCUCGGGCGGCAUACAGAAGCACGAUGCUCUCUGCGUUAUGGCGCUCAACAUCAUCAACGAGAAGAUUUACACGUUCCUCUGGUUCUGGUUCAUCAUACUCGCGAUACUCACCGCCCUCGGACUCGCGUGGAGGCUGCUCACCAUGAUGCUGCAUUCCAGAAGUACGUAUUUCAACAAGAUGGUCUUCAAGAUAGCUUGUCCCGGCAAAUACAACCCGUGGGACGUUCUCAAGGUGACCAACGAGUAUUACUUCGGAGACUGGCUGUUCCUCUAUUACAUCGCGAAGAACGUCGAGAAUUACGUGUUCAAGGAACUGCUGCAGGGACUGGCGCAAGACCUCGAGGAGAGGACUCGCUCCAUGUACCGGACUUUGCCGCAAGUCGAAAAGGAACCUCUGAAAAAGACCGACUACAGCCCGAAGGACGCCGAGAGGCCGGACGAGGAAAACUCCAAGAUGCUCCUGCUCUGAGGGCGGCGCAAGUGUCGCACAAUGCGCCGCGCGACAUCCCGCAGCCCGUCGGCGCUAUACCACUGUCACGACGAUGCGGGAUCGUAAUCGUCAGCGGCAGCAGCGGCAGCAGCGGCGGCGCGUGCGGAAGUUGACUGAGCACUACUGCUACUGCUACUUUACUAAGAAAUGCCCCACCUGUGCCGCUACCACUACACGUGCCGCACCGGAAGCCGCUCUGGUUAAGCUCGUGAAAUCGAGUGUAAUCCUCGAUUCUUCGGAGUGUACUGGAAGGAGGAGAGCGCUGUUUUGUCGUCGAGCUGACUGUGCCGCGGCCAGAAGGAGAGCCCGCGCGAUUGGUCCCAUUCAAUGAAGCAGCUCGAGAGAUGCAGGCCGAAUUAACGCGUUGCUCUUACCUGCCUUUCGAUUCUGGGCUUUGUUUGUGAAAGACGAUGUGGACGAGCUCCGCAAUUACACUCCCAGAAUGUAACUGUAAUGUAGUUGGACUGAUGAGAAUAAAAGAGAGCAUAAGUUUCUUACGCAGAACGAA